ACAAUGCGUUGCAGCAGCACACAGCAGAGAGAUCCAGCAUUCUUAUCGCAACAGACCACAGACUCUCAGCAGUCACAAAGAUGAAGAUGCCACAGCUUCUCAUCCUCCUCUUGACCAUUUUGGUGCAUGUAGCCACCGGUUUCCCCACUGACAGAAGAGCUCUGCCAGGCCAGGACAAACGCGCCUCCUGGGACGACGUGAACGUGGUGGCUCACGGCCUCCUGCAGCUGGGCCAGGGUCUGAAGGAGCACGUGGACAAGACCAAAGCCCAGAUGAGAGACAUCAACGCCAAACUCAAAGCUUUCAACAGCACAGUGGCCGAACUGGAGAGGAAGAAGCAAGGGCAAGAUGAAGCUCUGAAGGGCAGAGGAGCAGAGGUGGAGGACAGGGAGAAGAUGGCUGCAGGGCUGGCUGAAGAGGUGAGGCUGAAGGUGGAGGAGGUGAAGAAGCAGAAUGAGGACAUCAACUCCAGGAUGGACAGGCUGGAGGAGAAGGUGGAUGAAGUGCUUACAGGGCCAAAACUGGACAGCAACUACAGCAAUGACUCAGUAGUCCCAUAUAUCCAGCGGAUGGUGGCAGCUCAGAACAGACGUAUUGACCAGCUGGUGGAGAAAAUCAAGCAGCAACAAGGCAAACUGGAGAAGCAGAGUCUGCACCUGCAAGCACUGCAGAGCAAGGUUGCACAAAAAAGAGUGAAAUCACACAGACGGAGAGACGAAGAGACGGCACUGAGAGGAGAGGCAGAGCAGAGCAAAGGCACAUCAGUUUUGGCCAGAGACUGUCAUGAUCUGUUUGUGCGAGAGCAGCGAGCCAGCGGCAUCUACACAAUCCAACCCGAGAACUCCCAGCCAUUCAAUGUCCUCUGUGAAAUGACUUCAGAAGGUGGAUGGACCGUCAUCCAGAAACGUCAAGAUGGAUCCCAGAAAUUUAAUCAGCUGUGGGAGAGCUAUAAGAAAGGCUUCGGCAGCCUGAAUGGUGAGUUUUGGCUGGGCUUGGAGAGCAUCCAUUCCCUCUCCAAACAAGGCCAGUACAUCCUGCAGGUGGAGCUCUCUGAUCGGGCAGGAGAGCAGAAGAUGGCUCGUUAUCGAUUCCAACUUGAAGGAGAAGAGAAGAAGUUUGCUCUGCGCCUGGAGCAGGAGACUCCAUCUGGGGUACAGGAGGGAAUCAUGACCACUGGAGCGUCCGGUCUUCCCUUCUCCACAGCCGACAGAGACAACGACCUCGCUGCAGACGUCAACUGUGCUGAGCUGCUCUCAGGUGGUUGGUGGUUCAGUAGCUGUGGUGGGUCAAACCUCAACGGCAGAUAUCCCAGAAGGCCGAGCCUGCUCAGGAGACAGCAGUCCAGAAGGCAAGCGAUGUUUUGGAUGUCCACAAAGGGACAAAACAGCUCUCUGAAGACUACUCUUCUGAAGAUCGCACCCGCCCCAAUAAAUCAAUAAGCUGCUCUGUCUUUCUCAAAAAGGUUAAACAGAAAAAGACCAAAGAAAACAAAAUGUUUUUAAUUGAAAUGAUGAACUACUAACGGAAAGAAAUCAUCACACACUAGUAAGCGCAUUAAUGAUCUCUCCUGAUGCCAUGAUAUUUCUAUGCUAUGCCAUAUGAUAACUAUUCUCUCAGUGGAUGUCUUCAGUCAUAUUGACAGUCAUACCAUUAUUCCCUUUAUAAGGGUUUUAUGUCUUAAUCUAAUUUUGUAACACUUGCUGUCUGUGUUUUAAUUACUUUGUACAUAGUGUACAGUUUCUUACUGUCAACAUUUAUACAAUGUCAACAUUUUAUAUUUCAUUUGUAUGAAGUGGAUGAAAAUAAAGUUUUUGAAGGCUAAAUAAAUCCUGGCUCUUU